AUGGACUUUAUGAAACCAGAAACUGUCCUCAAUUUGGCCAACAUCAGAGACGCGCUGGUGCGCAUGGAGGACACUAUCAUUUUCGAUUUGAUUGAGAGAUCUCAGUUUUUCCAGUCGCCCUCCGUUUAUAAGCCGGAUGUGUUUCCAAUUCCGGAUUUUCAGGGCUCGUUCUUGGAGUGGUCAUUGUUGCAGUUGGAAAAGGCACAUUCACAGGUGAGGCGGUAUGAGGCCCCAGACGAAACGCCAUUUUUUCCUGAUCAACUGCUCAAGAGUUUUCUUCCUCCACUGAAUUAUCCACCUGUUCUAGCAUCUUAUUCCAACGAGAUCAAUGCCAACGAUGAGAUCAUGCGUAUGUACAUUCACGAGAUCGUUCCGUUGAUCUCUGCUGGAGAAGGUGAGCAGCCUGAAAACCUAGGAAGUACUUGCACCGCAGAUAUUGAGGCUCUCCAGGCUCUUUCGAGGCGAAUCCACUUUGGUAAGUUCGUUGCGGAAGCUAAGUUCAGAGCUGAAACGGAGCGGUUCACCAAGUUGAUUUUGAACAAGGACGUGGAGGGCAUUGAGGAUGCAAUCACGAACUCGGCGGUAGAGGAAAAAAUCUUGUUGAGACUGUUGGAGAAGGGACAGGCAUAUGGUACAGACCCCACGAUGAAGUACAGUCAGAACCCGCAGAGUAAGGUGAAGCCAGAGGUGUUGGUGAGGAUUUACAAGGACUUGGUGAUUCCCCUGACGAAGAAGGUGGAGACAGAUUACCUGUUGAGGAGACUUGAGGAUGAGCAGUAA